AUGACCUUAGCACAUGAGGUUUCGGCCUCAGGAGGGUUGAGGGUCCUGGAAGAAGAGUCAGAAGGUCUCGUUCGAUCUCCUACAGCUGAAGAAAAGAGUCAAACUCACACUAGUCAACUCUCAGACGACUCACAUGAUUCAACAAUCACCAAGAACACUACAGACAACUCAGAUAUCCAUGGAAGACUCGCUUCAGCACUCAGGGCAGCAGAAGAUCCAUGCACUAACGAGUCUCCAGUUCAAUCAGACAGCUCAGCAGUCUUACUCGCCACAGCCAAUGCAGUAUUACUCUCAGACUACUCUCAGCUCCCAGUAAGACUUUUGAUAGAUUCAGAGUCUGAGCUGACGUUCAUCUCAUCAAGUGUGGUAAAGACUUGUCAUCUCCAACGUCGUCCAUCAGGAAUAUCAGUGCUGGGAAUUGGUAAUGAACCAGCUGUACAAACUAGAGGAGUGACAACAGUGACACUUAGAUCAACUCACACACAGGAGCAAGUUACAAUUAAUGCUCAUAUCCUCAAAUGUGUCACUGGUACUUUACCAACCAGACAACUCAAAGAACUCAACUGGUCAGCUCUCAACUCUCUGCAACUUGCUGAUCCAGACUACUCAACUCCAAGACCCAUUGACAUCUUAAUAGGAGCAGAUUGUUAUGGUCUAAUUGUGAAGGCAGGCAUCAAACAGUUUCCUCAGUCAUCUCUCAUAGCCCAAGAUUCAAUUUUUGGAUGGAUGCUCAUUGGAAGUCCACACCCGACAAGAUGCUCAAGUCAGAGAACUCAUCACGCAGCAAGGGUCAACUCAUACCAGCAAGUAUCUGAUCUCUUGACAAAAUUCUGGGUUCAAGAAGAAGUUCCAGAUACUUCAGCCAGCCAACUCAGCCCAGAUGAUCAAUCUUGUGAAGAUCAUUAUGUUACGACUCAUUCAAGAGAUCACGAUGGGAGAUAUAUUGUGAGAAUACCACUCAAAGCAUCACCAUCUCUUCUAGGCAACUCAUCAGCGAGAGCUCAUCAGUGUUUACUACACAUUAUCAGACGACUCACAAAAAAUGACUCAUAUGCACAACUCUAUCACAACUUUAUGCAAGAAUACGAGUCACUGAACCACAUGACACGAGCCAAGGCAAGUCCAGUCAACUCUCCAGUGUAUUAUUUGCCUCAUCAUGGUGUCUUAAGAGAAGACAGUGUUACUACAAAGCUUAGGGUAGUAUUUAAUGGCUCUAGUCCAUCUUCUAGUGGUCUAUCAGUGAACGAUAUUCAACAUACUGGUGCCAAAGUCCAGAAAGACAUUGCAGACGUACUCAUUUGGAUCAGGCAGCAUAAAUUUGUGUUCACAUCAGACAUCACCAAGAUGUACAGACAAAUCAAAGUCCACCAAGAUGAUUGGGAUCUCCAGAGAAUCCUGUGGGUGGACGAGCACUCCAAGAUCAUCCCAUAUCAACUCACAACAGUCACGUAUGGUACCAGAUCAGCUCCAUUUCUGGCUGUUCGCACAAUGAUCCAGCUAGUGAAGGAUGAGGGUCAUAAGUUCCCUCUAGCUGUUGAUCCACUACUAAAAGGAAGAUAUGUGGACGAUAUUUUUGGAGGUGCUGACACCGUGAGUCAACUGAUAGACAUCUCAACCCAAGUCAGACAACUCUGCAUGGCAGGUGGCUUCCCGUUAGCGAAAUGGCACAGCAACUCACUUCAAUUCCUACAAUCACUUACAGACAACUCAUCAGAAAAGCAGAUCCACUCAUUUGAGAGCAGCAAAACGAAAUUACUUGGGCUCUCGUGGAUUCCAGCGACCGACUUAUUUAAGUUCAACUCAAAACCUCCUCGUGAGAAGUCCAAGCUCACAAAGAGAAUAAUUUUAUCAGAAACAGCACAACUCUACGAUCCACUUGGAUUUCUAGCACCUUUCAUUGUCAGAGCAAAGAUGUUGCUACAAGAAAUCUGGCUAGAUAAACUCUCAUGGGAUGACCAAGCCCCAGAUCACAUCAUCACCAAGUGGAACAGCUUCAGAUCAGAACUCUCACAAGUUUCAGACCUCUCAAUUCCACGAUGGUUACGGAUUACUCAGAAAUCGACCGUGGAACUUCAUGGUUUUUCAGACGCCUCACAAGCAGCUAUGGCAGCUGUUGUUUACAUACGGACUACUCAUCCAGAUCAUGGAACUUGUUCAACUAUAGUCUGCUCAAAGUCUAAGGUUGCUCCAUUGAAGAAGAUGUCAAUUCCCAGACUCGAACUCACCGCAGCAUUGCUGCUUGCCAGACUAAUCACUUAUGUAAGGAACAACUUAGACAUUCAGCCAACUCAACUCGUAUGUUGGACAGACUCCUCAGUGACUUUGACCUGGAUUCAGUCUCACUCAUCCCGUUGGAAGGAGUUUGUAAGAAACAGAGUGUCAGCAAUUCAAGAUCUCACUCCAAUCGGCGUUUGGAGGUUUGUACCUGGCAAACAAAAUCCAGCGGAUUGUGCUUCUCGAGGUAUCAGCAUAUCCCAGCUUCGGAAGCACCCCCUGUGGUGGACAGGACCACAGUGGUUAACAGCAGACGAAUCAUUAUGGCCAACUCAAUCAUCAGUGUACGAUUCAAAAGCUCAGCAGGAAGAGCGGCCCGGGCUCACUUUAGUUACUCAGACAAUUCAACAUGAUUAUCAUUGGGAUAUGAUAUACAGACAUUCUCGGCUAAUCAAAUUGCUCAGAGUGACUGCAAUUUGCUUCAGAUUCAGCCAACUCCUCAGACGAGUACCGCAGUCAUCCCUCACCUUCCCUCUCACGCCACAAGAAUUAGAGAGAGCAAGGAUUUUUUGGAUAAAGGCAACUCAAGAAUCGUACUUCUCACAAGAAAUCAAGCAGAUCAACUCAAAUUCACUGCCCGUCUCACACCCCCUCGCACGAUUGACAGCAUUUAUUGACACUCAGGGAGUCAUACGUGUUGGAGGGAGGUUAGCAAAUGCUAGCUUGGACCAAGAAGCAAAGCAUCCUGCAAUCCUACCACAGAAAACUCAUCUUUCCAGACUAAUCAUUGCAGACGCUCAUGAAAGAACAUUGCACGGUGGGACGCAGGCAACUCUGAACCUCAUACGAUCAUCGUACUGGAUCAUUGGCGGACGACUCCUAGUACGAUCCUAUAUUUAUCAUUGUAUGAAAUGUGCUCGUUUACGUGGCGAACGAGCGAAGCAGUUAAUGGGUCGAUUGCCGUUAUCAAGAAUCACUCCAGCCCGACCAUUUGCCGUCUGUGGUGUGGAUUACGCUGGUCCCAUCACGCUCAAGACUUGGAAAGGCAGAGGCGCCAAAACAUCUAAGGCGUUCAGAAGGUUCACUGGACGUCGAGGUGUCUGCAGAACUCUCCACAGUGAUUGUGGCACCACAUUUCAAGGCGCAGACACGCUCAUCAGACAACUCUUCAUGCAGGGGACUCAACAGUUCAGUCAACUCGCAGCUGUAUUUGCAAAGGAUGGAACUGAUUGGAAGUUUAAUCUACCAGCUGCACCACAUAUGGGAGGAAAAUGGGAAGCUGCAGUCAAAUCAGUAAAGUUCCAUCUUAACAGAACGAUAGGUGACUCACUCUUUACAUAUGAAGAGCUUUCCACACUGCUUGUCCAGAUAGAAGCAGUCCUUAACUCCAGACCACUCGAGCCUCUCUCAGCCGACUCUACAGACAUCUCAGCGUUGACUCCAGCACACUUCUUGGUUGGUGAACCACUAGUAACAUUACCAGAGCCUUCACUGGAAGAUGUGCCAAUGCCAAGCUUGUCCAGGUGGCAAUUUAUUCAGCAGCGACUCCAAUCGUUUUGGUCAAAGUGGUCAAAACAAUACCUUCAGCAGCAACUCGCCAUUUCCAAGUGGAAACACCCCUUUCACAACAUCACAGUCGGCUCACUUGUACUACUCACUGACGAGAGGUUCCCACCAACGAAGUGGCCUCUCGCCAGAGUGAUUGAGGUGUUCCCAGGAUCAGACGGACUCAUCAGAACAGUCAAACUCAGGACAGCAACAGCAGAACUCGUCAGACCACUCACAAAGCUAGUCAUCUUACCAUACACUCCACCAGCAAAAGAUCAGCAAAGGCGUUGCUGA